AUGGCACCAGAGGAUAGAAAUACGUGGGAAGAAACCGCGAGAGAUAGAUUUUUUGCCUCUCUACUGGGUAGGAAGUUGGAUUUGGGAGAGAAUGCAGAUGAUGAGGAUAUUAGUGAAGAUGAAGCGUUGAAGGAAGAGGAGGGUUUGAUGUUAUUUAGAUCUUGA